GUUUCCCAUCGACUCGCCGUCGCCGAGAAGAAUCGCCUCCCUCGGUUCAACCAUGGACGAAAUUGUGGCUCGAAUUGUUUCAGAUCUCGAAGCUCAGGUACCGCUAUCGUUGUCUUUUUUUGAAGAUUUUGAAUCUUUGUUGGAUUACAGUCGCAGGACUUGUGACCCAAUUGAUCUGGAAAAUCUCUACAAUGAACUAUCUGCGAGGAAUCUUUCACUCAUUUCACUCGUCAAUGCAAUUUCUUCAAGCAUGGAUUCUAGCCUCAGCUGUAGAAAUCCUAUUUUGGCGUCGAAAGUAUAUCAAUUGCUUCUUUUGUCUCCAAAUUCCCCUGUUUUCACUUUGUUUACUCCCAUGGCUUUUCUCAACCUUCAUCGCGUAAUACGUUUGGCCGUUAAACACCGUUCUUUGGUUUCGAAAGAUGGGAGUCGACCUAAGAAAGCAAGGAGGAAUGUUGGUGGAAAAGACAAAAGGGUGGGGAAUGUAGAAACGGUGGACAACGAUGGGGAAGAGGGAAGUUAUGAUGUCAAAGAUUUGUUCUGUUUGCUCGAGCUAUUGGAACAGGUGCUGCAUUUAGUGCAUUUAGACCGCUUUUCGGAUUGCUUAAAGGCUUUGGUUCAGACAAUAUCCGAGAUUACAAUGAAUGCUGCAGAGCUUUGGGAAAAUUUGGGGAAUUUCAAUAAGUUAUGUAGGUUGUGUUCACAGAUUUUGCUUGAAAUAUUGAAAGCUGAGCAUGGAAUCCAGGGUGAUACUGCUGCUGAGGUUUUGAAGGCAUUGGCACCCCUUAUCUUGUCGUCUAAACAGCCUUUAAGAAGCUUUGCUUUAGAUUUUGUUAGGAAUUGUGUAGUUGGGAUUGGUAAAAGUUCUGAUGACAUUAUGAAAGCGGUUGCAAACAUGCCAAAGUAUUUGGUUUGGAAGGCUCCAGAAAAGGCUGAACACAGGGCUUUUUCAGUUAACUCCAUCAUGGAGAUUGUUAAGGCUUUGGAUUUUGAGUAUCAGGCAGAGUUUGCUGAUUAUGUCGUAAAGUUGAGCCAAGGAAAGGGUCAAGUUAGGCUUUUAUCAGUGGAUUUGAUUGUUGCUUUCUUGACAACUCUUAGCGGUCCUUUUGGAUUUGAGAUGGUUGAUGGAGAUGAAAAUCCAUGGGGUUUCAGGUUGUUAAAGGCGCUUAUUCAACGUUGCUCGGAUUACACAGCAGUGGUUAGAGCUAGAGCUUUAUCAAAUUUAGCUCAGGCGGUGACACAUUUGUCUGAGAAUGAUAAAAGUAGAACUGUAGUGAAAGAAAUCAUUGAAGUUGGGAUUGAGGAUAUUGGUGGUGUUAACAAAUUUCUUAAGCUACGGUGUAUGGAUGAGAAGGCUGCUGUCAGAAAAGCCGCACUUUUUCUUAUAUCAAAGUUAACAUCGCUUUUAGGAGGUGAACUCGAUGAAGAACUGUUAAAGACUGUUGGCAUGUGUGGCUCUGAUCCACUUGUUAGCAUUAGGAAAGUGGCAAUCUCAGCUCUAUCUGAGGCCUUUAGGAAGCAUUCAAGUCAAGCUGUGAUCAAGGAGUGGAUGCACUCCAUUCCACGUUUAAUAACUGAUAACGAAACUAGCAUCCAAGAAGAAUGUGAGAACCUCUUUCUAGAAUUGGUACUUGACCGUGUAUCGCAGGCUGGAUCUAGAUCAGGACAUUAUGAUUCUUUUCCUGGUGAUAUGCAUAGCAAGAGCAGUGAUUCAGAUUUGCGAUGUGAGCUAUACCCUGAAGGAGUUCUAGGACUGCUUAAAGAGAUUUUUCAUGAAGAGGUAUCACCUUGGGUGAAGAAAAUCUGCUCAAGCCUAGGGAAAAAGAAGAAGCUCAAGACAAAAAUUGCUACAGCACUUCAGAAUAUCAUCAGAACAUCUGAAUCUCAGUGGCUGAACCAUUCCAUGGCCAUAGAGAAGUGGACAGCACCUCCUGGUGCCUGGUUUUUGCUGUCAGAGGUAUCUGCAUUCCUUUCAAAAUCCAUCGAUUGGGAGUUCCUCCAUCAUCAUUGGCAGCUUCUUGACAAGUAUAAACCCCCUGGCGAUCAUCCAACUGCUUCUGGAAAGGGGUAUAUUGAUGACGAAAUGGUUGAUGCAGAAUUUAGUUCUGUUGCUUGGGUUACUGAUCGUGUAUAUCUCCUACAAACAAUUUCUAAUGUUUCCAUGGUGCUACCUCCUGAACCAGCAGCCGAGCUAGCCCAAAACUUCCUUUCACGACUUGAAGCAUUCAACAUGCAUUCGACCGAGGUUAAUGCUCAUGUAAAAGCACUCAAAACCUUAUGCAUGCGAAAGGCCUUAAAUCCGGAGGAGGCUGAUAUGCUCGUCAUGAGAUGGGUGAAUCAACUUCUUUCUAAAGCUUCCCAAGUCUUGGAAGCGUACAUGUCGAAAAUCUCCGAUGCUAGUAAGGACAGGUCUCUUUUUACACCACAGACAGCUCCAAGUUGUAUAGAAUCAAAAUUGUUAGCACAAGCAAUUAGUGCCGUGUACACAAUUGGGUCACUAGUUAUUGCCUGUCAAUCGAUAAAUUUGAAUACUGUGGUUCCAGCCAUACAUGCCAUCAUCACUUCAGGAAGUUCUAACCGAAAGUCAACUAAAAUAUCUGGGCCUGUAGUGCCUGUAAAGCAGGUUGCUCCGCCCCUGUAUAUACAAGCAUGGCUAACUAUGGGUAAGAUUUGCCUAUCUGAUGGGAAACUAGCAAAGCGAUACCUUCCUCUUUUUGUGCAGGAGCUCGAAACGAGCAGCUGUGCUGCCCUUCGAAACAAUAUUGUUGUAAUGAUGCAAGAUUUCUGUGUGAGAUACACUGCCAUGGUUGACUGUUAUCUGCCAAAGAUCACAAAAUGCCUCCAGGAUCCAUGUGAACCUGUACGAAGGCAGACGUUUAUACAACUGUCCAGGUUAUUACAGCGUGACUAUGUGAAGUGGAGAGGAGUGCUUUUCUUCAGGUUUCUAAUAUGUUUAGUCGAUGAAUCCGAGAAAAUUCGUCAAUUGGCUGAUUUUGUCUUUGGAAAUAUCUUAAAAGCAAAGGCUCCACUUUUAGCUUACAACAGCUUUGUGGAAUCCAUUUUCGUUCUGAAUGACUGCAAUGCACAUACAGGACGGAGUAACUCCAAUAGCUCACGAAGUGAAAACCGUCUUUUUACAUUAAGAGGAAACAACGAGAAAUCAAGGUCGCAAAGAAUGCACAUCUACUCGACUUUGCUGAAAGAAAUGGCUCCUGAGCACCUGCUGACUACCUUUGCAAAAGUAUGCACCGAAGUUCUUGGUGCUGCAUCCGAUGGCAUGCUCUCUAUUGAGGACACCACUGGACAAUCAGUUCUUCAGGAUGCGUUCCUCGUCUUAUCAAGCAAAGAGAUGCGAAUUCAAUCCAGCAAUGGCUCAUCAUCAUCUGAGCCAGCAGAUGUGGAAGAAGAUGGAGGAGGAGGAGCCAUGCUUACAUCUGCUGCCUCGAAAGGCAGAGCCAUCACACAAGCUCUUCGGAAAGGGCUAAUACAGAGCGCCAUUCCCACCAUCAUCGAGCUCAAGCGUCUCCUAGAGAGCAAGAACAGUCCCCUCAUCGGCUCCCUCAUGGACUGCCUCAGAAUCCUCCUCAAGGACUACAAGAACGAGAUCGAUGAUUUCUUGGUUGCAGAUCGACAGCUCCACAAAGAACUCGUCUACGACAUGCAGAAAUACGAAUCCAUGAAAGCCAAGACUGCAGCCUCCGAUGCUGUUGCAAGCAUGAAGAGAUCAGAGGCCUUCUGGUCGCCCCUCCCCAACAAUGCUAAGAAGAUUCCUAACAACUCCAAAGUGGCUUCUGCCAUGGCUGAUGCUCGAGCUGCUGCAACUGCCAGGUCUGUGCUGCGUGAAGUAAACAAUGGCGUGUCAACGCCUCUCAGCGCAAUGAGCGUCCCGAAGCUCAAGUCUCGUGUCCGAGAAGGCGGCGACGGAGCUGCAGGUCAGGUGCUGGAAUCUUUGAGGAGAAGACAAACAUUUGAUUCUGAUGGUGAGAACUAACUAAUCUGUUGUCUAUCAUUGUGAAAAGCUAAUCUUUACACUGUACAUACAAUAAAACAUAUUACGUAGAUUGCCUCGUAAAGGUUAGUCGAGUUGGUGUGGUGGGUAAGUAUCUGUAUGGCUAUGGUUCAUAAUCCAUUGAUGCUGUCGUAGUUUGUAGCUUAUUACUGUCUUUUAAGAUUUAGUUUACAUAGUAGACUUAUACAUGAUUUGGUAUAGUUUACUUAAAAUCAAAUUGGUAUAACAUAUAUAUAUAUAUAUAUUGAUGUUAUAUUGACAAUUGAUAUAUUGAAUUGCUUUUAGGUUUCAUUUUAGGGCGUG